CGUCGAUUUUUUGCUUGGUGUCUCUCUUCUGUCUCAGUAGUGCGGCCAAAUCCAAUCGAGAUUGUGUAUGAAUGGACAAAAUUGACUUAUGAUCUAAAGGGCCUCCAAGGCCUUGACUCAAAAAGCCAUUGGGCUGAGUACAAGGCGGACAAUAAUGCAUUGGGCGAAGUUAGGCACUAUAAAGAUAAGCUCUAUCUAGCAGUGCCACGAUGGAAGGACGGAGUGCCAUCCACUUUAAAUUCCAUCGACAUGGGAACCCACCCGCUUGGUUCCUCUCCCAACCUUGAGCCAUUUCCAAACAUUUUCAAAAACGAAAUCGGCCUUUGUUCCAGUCUUCAGAACGUGGCCACUUUGGAGGUUACUCCCAAAGGCCAUCUAUGGGUGGCCGACACUGGUUCAGUGGCCAUCUUUAUGAAUGCAAUUCGCAAGUGUCCGGCCAAGCUGAUGGUCUUUGACCUUGAGGCUGGCAAUGCCGAGGUCUUCAGUUACGAGUUUCCUGAAUCGGUGGUGUCCACCCAAGGAAAACAUUCUAAUGCACAUGGUUCUAGAUUACUCCAAGAGUCGGAGGGCACAGAAAACACUGAUGGAUUGGACGAAUCUCAGAUCUCGGACGACAUCUUUCAAGGGCUGUUUGUCUAUAUGUCAGAUAUCAGCUCGGGCCAUGUGGUGGUCUUUGAUGCCCAAAGACGAAAAUCAUGGCCGGUUCUCGUGCCAGCCAUGAAGCCCUCUUAUGUGACUUUGAUGUUCCAACGCCAAACAGUCGGCAUGAAUUUUGGGACCAUGGGAAUAGCUUUGGAAUCUAAAGCGUCAUCGCCCGCGGAAACGAGAUUAUUCUUUGGAACCUUGGGAAAAGAUCUCUUCGCCAUCAGUGUUGCUCAUCUUCGCAACGCAAUUACACCAAAUAAUCGCAACCCUGAGGCUUAUGUAUCUAAAAUAGGGAAAAAGAGAGCUGCCACCGAAGGCAUCAUUGCAGACGACCAAGGGGUCUUGUAUUACAGUCUCCUGGAAACGGGAACCAUCAUGCAAUGGAAUACCACUGAAACUCCGUUCUACCAUAAGCGGGAAGAAAUAUUGAAGAAUGACGCAGAGUUGGAAUGGGUGAAUUCGCUAUCGGUGGACGAUGGGAGUCUCUGGAUUGUAUCGAACAGGUUCCACAGAUUCGCAUGGUUUGAAUUGAGUUCGAAUGAGUCCAAUUUCAAGAUUUUCCGCUUUCGACUUCCUCGAGUGAAUGAUGUGAAACCCAUGAGUUACGUCUGCGAAUAUAUUUCAGAUUCCAGCCGAGUGCUCGCCAACAUCAUUCUGAUCCUCGUUGUGUUAAAUGUUGUAAAAGAGAGCUUUUUUAGAGUCAAAUAUAGCUGAUGUUGAGCAUAGAACCCUAAAUUGUCAGAUAGAUCAUUGACAUGGUA